GACUAGCCCAAUCAAAAUAACAACCAAGGACUAACUGUAGCAUCGAGUAUUUCUAUCAACAAAUAAGCACAUACAAUUCGGGCUGAGUAGCAACUAAACAAUGUAACCAGAUGGUGGUUCAUGCUACCCAGUGACAAGACUGUAGAAUUCCCCUUGUUUGCUGGACAAACUAUCACUUUCGUUUUACCUGAUGCCGAUGCUCUUCAUUUUAGCACAAAACGAAAAAUGACUGAAGAAUACAUACAUUCAAAGCUGAUUUCUCUGCUUAGAAAUGAAAAGAUUGAACUAUGGAAUCCACCUUAUACGACAGACGACGAACAACCUGGACAGCAAGUCAUACAGGAGCUUGCGGAGAAGUAUUCCUCUUGUAUUGGUAUUUCUGUCCUCGAGGUCGUAGCUGUCUUGGAGGACAUCAGGCUGCAAGCCCUCAUCAAGGGAAGAGGGAACAAGCAAUUCAAAGAAACGUCUGUGGCCACUCUGGAAAUCAACUUACCUAGACCAUCUCAAGAGAGUGAGAAAGAUGAAAAGAAAAGGAAAUACAAAAUGCAAACUAAACUGGAUGUCACUGCUCAAGAGUUCAUGAACAAGAUUACAGAAGAGUUUGGCUUUGAGUAUUUCACACUGAUUGUGAGUGGCAAGAAACUUUCACCAGAUAAGACCCUUCAGGAACAAAACGUAAAGAAUAACAGUAAAGUGAUGAUUCUGAAGCAGGCCACCCCAGAGAAGAAAGAAGAGAUGGUCAAAGACGAUGAGAAGAAUCGCUCUCAGAACGAAUCCCUUCGAAGGACUCAGAAGGGCUUUGAGAUCCUUUCUGAAAGAGAUGGCAGUGAAGAUCCUGAGACAACCCCAUUCCUGGAGAUUGCAGACCAGAAAGGAAACCCCCUACAAAUCCCUCCAGAGGAGAAGAAGGCCCUGAUACUGGCCAUGGGUUUCCACGAGAAAGGCAGAGCGCUGAUGAAGAGGAGGGAGUAUGAAGGUGCACUCGAUCACUUGACCCAGGCAGACGAGCAGUUUAGUAAAUGUGAGUCCAGAUUGUUGGAGAUGGUGGAUAACUAUGCUGUCCUCCAGCUGGAUAUUGUGUGGUGUUAUCGUGCUCUGGAGGCAUCACACUGCCUGGACAAUGGGCUUCAGAGGCUGAAGACGGCUGAGGAAUGCUUUAAAAAGUGCUAUGGAGAUGGCUACUCCAGACUCCAGCAGAUCAAGGGAAACACCGGAGGGGAGCAGGUUCUGUUUUUAAGGCUUUACCUCCUGCAAAGUGUUCUGGCCUAUGCAAAAGGAAAGGAGAAGGAGUCGAUGGAGAAACUAAAACAGGCUGAGGAACUGUACAGUCGUCUCAAUCUGGACCCGGAGAAGAUGGACCAGCUGAUGAGUAUGGGUUUCUCCGAGCAGGAGGCCAGACUGGCUCUCAGAGCCUGCAGCGGAGAUGUGUCCAGAGCAGCACAACACAUCACCCAGAGGAGAGAGGAAAAGAAGAAACUGAAAAGAGAGGAGAGGGAGAAGAGGAGACGGCGUUUAGACAGCAUUAACACUCUGGUUGGACUGGGAUUCACCAGGAGAGAAGCGGCAGAAGCACUACACAAGGCUAAGGGCAACAUUGAUCAGGCCUACGUGAAUCUUCUAGACUCCACUAGGGCAUUUAGUGAAGCAAACGACUCAAGAAUGGGUCCGUUAGAUCCAAACAGAGAAGUCCUGGUAAGCCAGCUUUGCCUUAUGGGCUUCCAGAAGGAGAUGGUCGUAGCAGCUCUGAAUGCAACAGAAGAUAACCCUGACCUUGCUACCCAGAUGCUGAUGGACCACCAGGGGAUCCUCCCACCAGAGUUGCUCUCUCCUUCUCCCCCAUCAUCAUCAUCUGAGGAGCCGAGCACCUCCUCUGGGGCUGGCUCAACCGGUUCAAGCAACCUGGAUGCAGAUCUGGUGAAUGAGGUUUUGGAUGACAUCCCAAGACAUGAGGAGGAUUACCUGGACCUCACUUUGGAUGAAGAGAGUGACGUUAUAGCUCAGAUGAGAUCUUACCUGGAGAACUGCAAACCCUCCUCUUAAAAAGAGGAGGUCUUUUUGCUCUUUGAGGAGACCUGAAAACUAAUAAUUUAGCUCAAGUCCUUCACUGGACAGUGCCGAAGGCCACCGUUCUGAGAGCACUUCAUGUCAGAAGAGUGCCAGUUCUUUAGUUCUUUGGAAGGUAGAUCUUAAUAACAUAAAAUGUAAACUUUAUAUUUACAGAAAAUCUCAGUUAAAACUCAAGGUAAAAUGCUCAUUCUCAUUACAAAGUUAACAUCAUAUUAAAAGAAUGUAGAUGUGAUUUUACGCUCUAAACUGACGACACGACCUUGCAACUGCAAUAACUUCUUUCAAAUUUUCUACAUUUCUUUCAUUCUUAAAUUUACUGCAGUUCUUAACUAAAAAGCUUUAAAUUAAAAGUUUUUGAGAAGAAUAGUAUGGCUGAAUGCCCCUCUGUUGGCUGAUACAUCGUUUGCAGAUUCGGUUUCCGUUUGAAAUUAAAUGAAAGAAUUUUGAAUUUGUGGUUUACGAAGUAGUUUCUAAAUUAAGAUUGAGAUUUAGGUUUGAUUUUCACCAGUGUUCUGCACCAUAUGAAGAUAAGCAUGCCAUGGUUUAAAGCUAUUGU